CCCAGGCUUUAGGCAGAACCAGGUGUGGUGGGAUUAUUACGGCUUGGCGCUCAUCUUCACGCCUUGGAUCUGCUGUCGAUCAGAAGGACUGGCAAUUGAUGUGCGCGGUAUGCGGAGUAAUUACUCUACUAUGUAGGCCGACAGUAUAUAAAACGGCAUAUCGAGCAACGUCCCCGGCAGCGGGGGCUAGCUGAUGUGAUUGCACCUCGCUAAACGUUCUGUUCCUGCUCGUUCUACCAAACACACAACGCGUUCGAGAGUGAAGACAGCUAGAAAGUAGGCAACGAUGGCGAUCUUCGGGGCCAAGGAGGAGCAUGUCGAGCCGCGCUUGAUGCGCAUUGCGCACGCCGAUACUGUGAUCUGGUACAAGAAGCCGAAUCUCAGGUUUCUCUACCUGAUACUUGUUCCGACGGCGCUUGGUGUGGAAUGGACCUCGGGAUUCGACUCGUCCAUGAUGAACAGUCUCCAGGCCGUCGAAUCAUGGGUUAGAUACUUCGACAACCCGACCUCGUCACGUCUGGGUCUCCUCAAUGCCAUGUACUCCCUGGGCGCGCUGAUGGCCAUCCCCUUCAUCCCGACAACCAGCCAGUACCUCGGUCGCCGCCGCACCAUCCUGGCCGCCUCCCUCGUCAUGGCAUUCGGCGCCGGACUGCAAGCCGGGUCCCGCAACUCGGACAUGUUCCUGGCCUCCCGCUGGGUUCUCGGAUUUGGCAUCCCUUUUGCCAUCGUCAACGCGUCCUCUCUCAUUGGAGAAUUGUCCUACGCUAAGGAGAGGCCCAUCAUGACAUCUCUAUUCAACGCCUCAUGGUUUGUGGGAGCAAUCGUGGCCGCAGGCGUCACGUACGGCACCUUCCAGAUGUCGAGCACGUGGGCGUGGCGGCUGCCCAGCCUCCUGCAGCUCGUGCCCAGCUUCUGCCAGAUCGUCUUCAUGCCGUGGUGCCCGGAGUCGCCGCGGUGGCUGAUCUCCAAGGACCGGGGCGACGAGGCGUUCGCAAUCCUCCAGAAGUACCACAGCGAAGGGGCCGACGGCGACGAGUUCUGCCGGCUCGAGUACGCCGAGAUCCAGGCCACCAUCGCCCAGGAGAAGGAGCUCGCCUCGAGGUUCGUCUGGGCCGACGUGUUCCGGGACCCGCCCAUGAGGCGGCGUUUCGCCCUCGCCGGUAUUGUUGGGUUCUUUACCCAGUGGAGCGGCAACGGCCUGCUGUCGUUCUACAUGAAGAAGAUCCUGAAUCUGGUCGGCAUCAAGGAGGAUAGGACGGUCCAGAAGGUGAUCCUGAGUAACACGUGCUGGGGGCUGAUCAACGCCGUCCCGAUUGCGUUGAUAGCUCCUCGCUUUCCUCGUCGGAAGAUGUUCUUGACGUGCACGAUCGGCACUGCGGCGGUCUACACUGUCUGGACCAUCGCAUCGGCGAGGUUUGCAAUCGAGAACAGCUCCAGGGCUGCUAUCCCAGUGCUGGUGUUCAUAUUCGUCUACUCUCCUUUCUACAAUAUUGGCUGGAACGCUCUGGCCUACACUUACAUGGUCGAGAUCUUCCCCUACCAGCAGCGAUCCCAGGGUAUCGCGGUCGAGCAGCUGGCGGUGCGCUUCGCCGUUUUUUUCAACACCUAUGUCAACCCCAUCGCCCUCGACUCCAUCGGGUGGAAGUACUACAUUGUGUACUGCGUAUGGAUCCUGGUCGAGAUCGCCACGGUCUACCUCCUGUUCCCCGAAACGCACAACCGCACGCUCGAGGAGCUCAGCUUCAUGUUUGAAGGGAAGGAGGUCCAAGACAAGGUCAAGAAGAAUGUCGACAAGGUGAUGCAGGUCGAGCUGCAGGAUGUCGCGCCCUCUGAGCGGCAGACUGGGGAACAGAAGGCCUGA